AUGAAACUGGAAAUCAAGAAAAAGAUGAUGGCUCACUCGGAGCGAGUAAAGUCCAUGGACUUUCAUCCGACCGAGCCAUGGUUGCUUGCCAGCUUGUACGAUGGCCAUGCUUACAUCUGGAACUAUGAGACUCAGGCCUUAGUCAAGACCUUCGAAGUCUCGGAUCAGCCAGUCCGCGCCGCCAAAUUCAUCGCCCGAAAGAACUAUGUGAUUGCUGGAUCGGACGACAUGCAGCUUCGCGUAUUUAACUAUAACACGCACGAAAAGGUCCACAGCUGGGACGCCCACAACGACUACGUUCGGUGCAUCGCUGUCCAUCCUACUCAACCAUACGUUCUCUCUGGCUCGGACGAUAUGACGAUUCGCCUGUGGGACUGGGAAAAGAACUGGAGGUGCAUGCAGACAUUCGAAGGCCACACGUACUUUGUGAUGUGCAUUACGAUCAACCCCAAGGACACCAAUACCUUUGCAUCGGCCUGCGUCGACGGAUCAGUCAAAAUCUGGUCACUUGGAUCAAGCGUCGCCAACUUCACUUUGGAUGGGCAUGAGAAGGGCGUGAACUGGGUUGAUUAUUACCACGGCGCGGAAAAGCCCUAUCUGAUCACGGCCGGAGACGACUCUCUUGUCAAGGUGUGGGACUAUCAGAACAAAACUUGCGUUCAGACAUUGGAGGGCCAUACCCAGAACGCGACCUUUGCUGUUUUCCAUCCGGAGCUACCCAUCAUCAUUUCGGGUAGCGAGGAUGGCUCGGUCAAAAUCUGGCAUGCCAACACUUAUCGGUUGGAGAACACCCUGAACUAUGGACUCAACCGCGCCUGGACUAUUGCCUACAGUCGCUCUUCCAACGACGUCGGCCUGGGAUUCGAUUUAGGAUCUGUUGUCAUUAAGUUGGGACGUGAGGAACCAACUGUGAGCAUGGACAGCGGAGGGAAAAUCAUCUGGGCCAAGCACAGUGAUAUUCAAACAGCUAAUGUGAAGGCCAGCAUUGGCGACGAAAUUAAGGAUGGAGAUCGUAUUCUAUGCGCGGCCAAGGAUCUCGGAAGCUGCGAAAUCUAUCCUCAAACAUUGCAGCAUAGUCCCAAUGGUCGAUUUGUCGUUGUCUGUGGCGAUGGUGAAUACAUCAUCUACACGGCCCUCGCCUGGAGAAACAAGAGCUUCGGACAUGCACUGGAAUUUGUUUGGGCAUUGGAUUCGAACGAGUAUGCCGUCCGCGAAUCAACAUCCAAGGUCAAGCUGUUUAAAAACUUCAAGGAGAAGCCUAACCUGAUCCGUCUCAACUACUCUGCAGAGGGCAUCUUUGGCGGAACGCUACUCGGAGUGAGGAGUGCCAGUUUUCUAAACCUGUACGAUUGGGAGACUGGAAAUACCGUUCGUCGCAUUGACUGCGAGCCCCAGAAUGUUUACUGGUCUGAGACAGGAGAUUUGAUGACAAUUGCGUGCAAAGACAGUUUUUACGUUCUGCGCUACAACCGUGAGGCGUAUUCUCAAUUUGUAGAGGCUGGAGGUCAAGUUGGCGAGGAAGGAGUGGAGGAAGCCCUGGAGUUUGUCAUAGAGAUUCCGGAGACUGUUCAGACGGGAAGCUGGGUCGGAGACUGCUUCAUCUACACCAACACGUCCAACCGACUGAACUAUCUGGUCGGUGGUCAGACGCAAACGAUCGCACAUUUCGACAGCGCUCACUAUCUCCUUGGCUACAUCCCACGCGACAACCGACUCUACCUUGUGGACAAGGAUGUGAAUGUGAUUAGUUACGCCAUCUCAUUGUCGGUGAUCGAGUACCAGACAGCAGUUCUCCGAGGCGAUAUGGACACUGCAGCGGUCCUGCUGCCUCGUGUGCCUCACGAUCAACACAAUAGGAUUGCAAGGUUCUUGGAGGCUCAGGAACACAAAGACCUUGCACUCGAGAUCUCGACGGAUCAGGACCACAAGUUCGAUCUGGCGAUUCAGCUUGAGAGACUGGAUCUUGCUGCUGCGAUUGCUAGAGAGGCGGAUUCGGAGCCUAAGUGGAAGAUGCUCGGCGAUUGUGCGAUGGAUAAGUGGCGCAUCAACCUGGCAGAGGAGUGCUUUGUUCAUGCGGCGGAUUUGAGCGGACUUUUGCUGAUUUAUACGUCGAGUGGAAAUGCCGUGGGAAUGAAGCGGUUGGCAGAGAUGGCCAAGUCAGCUGGAAAGAGCAAUAUUGCGUUUGCUUGUUAUCUCAGUUUGGGUGAGAUCGAAGGUUGCAUCGACAUCCUGAUUGAGACCGAGCGGAUCCCAGAAGCGGCUCUGUUGGCCAGGACAUAUCUUCCAAGUGCUGUGCCUCGUAUUCUCAAGCAGUGGAAAGAGUCGCUUGUGGCAGCUGGCAGGACCAAGACUGCAGAAGCGCUCGCGGACCCAACAGAGUAUGAGGACCUGUUUCCGGAUUUGCAAUACGGUCUUCAGGCUGAGGAAGCCAUCAAGGCGGCGAGAGUGGUCCCUGUCCCAGCUAGCUCCUACCCUCAAUGGAAGGAGCAUCAAUACCGCGACAUUAUCAGUGAUUUCAAGUCUGGACAUGGAUUAAUGGGAUUUUCAGCACCAGCAGAGGAGCACAUCUUUGUGGAAUCUCAUGGCAGUAGCAACAGUCCAACGCAGACGCACUCGACAGACCUGUCUUCAUCAUCGCCUCGCUUUGUGAACGGAAGUGUCAACGGCAGUGUGAAUGACGAUAUCUCUGCACCAAGACCUUAUCCAUCUCUGGUGGAGGAGCGCUUGGAUACCAUCAGCGACAACAUGAGCUACAUGUCGCUGGAGGUCAACACCACCGGGACCGGAUCCGUUAGGGGCGAUUUUGACUUUGAUGACACAUCAAGCUUGGUGACCUCGGACCAUGACCGGAUUGUGAUGCAAGAGAUGAAUGCGGCCAAGGAAGAGAACGCCUAUGAGAGCCUGAUUUAA